CCGAACGGAUAAUAUUUAUAAAAAAAAGAGAGAGACACGGGUAGAACAAGUGUGUUCGAGAAAAUAAAUGUGUGUGAACUUUGUUGUUGCAUCUCGCCUAUCUUACUUCAUGUCAUCAUCAUCGUCGUCGUUGUUCUGCUUUCAAACUAACAAAUAAUCUCGAUACAGCAGCACCACUAUACUACAGAAUAUUGUAGCAAAUCGCUUGUUCAUUCGUUUCAACGUUUUAGCAUUAAGAACGUGCUUUUUUCCACAUUUUUCUGCGCUUCACUCGUCGUCACAAAACCGUUCGUUUGUAAGCAGUGUACCAAGACCGAUACCACUUUUACCGUUUGCAACGACUCUGAUCAAACAAAUAGAAGAAACAUUCGUCGAAGGCAGCACACAACACAAGCUUUUACAACGACACACACGGCGAAAUCUUUUAAAUCUUCGUUUAGUUUAAUUGAAAUUAUUUAUUAGGAAAAUGAUCAUUUGAAUUGUACUCGGAAAAUCAAGUACUCUAUUGUUAAUUCAAUCAGUGAACGUUUUUUUUCUCGCACAUGACGACAAUGAAGAAACCAAACUACAAAAUAGUGUUCAGCGCACUAUGGAUCGUGUUCAUUUUUGCGGUAGCAUCAGCUGGUAAUUUCCGCAAGCCAAAAACAACAUCAACGACAACAAUAAAAAAUUCAACGCUUUCCACAGAGAUUUAUUUGACGCAACAGCGCAUGUUGCAACACAACACAAGACAUCAUAAUCCGAUUGCGAACCGGUCAAAAGUAAUGAAACACGAUGACGAACAAAUCGACACAGCGCAACAAUAUUUUGACAAUUCGAAUCAAAUUGACAAGGGAAAUGCACAACUACCAGUGAAGCUGUUUCCGUUGAGCAAUAUACCACUGUAUCAUGCAUACUAUCAUCAACACAUGAACAAUGUCAGCAAUUUAAUUCAAGAACCGACACGGAAUCGAUCAGCAAUCCGAAAAAGAGCAUCGGGCGAAAAACUAUCGACAAAUAUCACUAUGGUGCUGGAAAGUUUAUUGAAAUCGUAUAAAAGCAAUUAUUUACCGACUCAUGGUCAAGGCGUUCCAACCAUAGUUAAGACAAAUAUUUUGAUCCGAAGCAUGGGACCGAUUUCCGAACUAGAUAUGGAAUAUUCGAUGGAUUGUUAUUUUCGUCAAUACUGGAGAGAUAGCCGCUUAAAAUUCGAAGGUCCAAUGAAAACCCUAUCACUAAAUAUCAAGAUGCUCGACAAGAUUUGGAAGCCAGAUUCAACAUUCUUUAAUGGAAAACAUUCUUAUGUGCAUACAAUUACCGUACCAAAUAAAUUGCUUCGUCUAACACAAGAAGGAGAUAUUUUGUAUUCAAUGAGAUUAACGAUUAAAGCAUCUUGUCCAAUGGAGUUGCGAAAUUUUCCAAUGGAUCGACAAUCGUGUCCACUGAUUUUAGGUUCAUAUGCAUACACGAAAUCAUCUUUAGUUUAUGAGUGGCAAAGUAAUAAAGCUGUUAAUUUUGUGCAAGGUAUGACCCUUAGUCAAUUCGAUUUGAUGAGCAUGACGCAGAGCAAUUAUACGUAUAAACGUCGAGAAGGGGAAUUUUCUGUGGUUCAAGUCUCUUUCAACUUACAACGUCACACCGGAUACUUUUUAAUUCAAGUUUACGUUCCAUGCAUACUCAUCGUUGUUUUGAGUUGGGUGUCCUUCUGGAUACAUCGCGAAGCGACAAGCGAUCGAGUCGGCUUGGGCAUUACAACGGUGCUUACACUUUCAACAAUAAGCUUAGAUUCACGAACUGAUUUGCCAAAAGUGCGAUACGCGACGGCACUUGAUUGGUUUUUGCUGAUGAGUUUCUUCUACUGCAUUGCAACACUAUUGGAAUUUGCUGGUGUUCAUUAUUUUACAAAAGUUGGAAGUGGUGAGAUACCGGCGCUGACCGACGAUGAAUGGGAAGAAGUGCAAACGGAAACCGUUGAAAAUGCUGGCACCGUUCAUGUUUCCAGAGAUGUAUCACCAAGUCAAAAUCAAUUGUUGAGCGCCCAAUCCACAUCGACACGUAAACGCAACUCAAUCAUUUGUCCAAUUUAUAAUGAUGGUCCAUCCGUAAUGUUUCCACCGUCAUCAUCACAUUCGACUAUGGAACGUACCACACAAACCGAACCACCACGAGCAAAGAAGUGGAAACAAAUAUGGCUUUGUUUCUUGGGUGAUGAUAAAUUCCGAAGACAAAGACAACGUGAAGCCACCGAAAAAAGUGGCAACAAAAAGAGGUACAUCAAUUCUGUGUCGUUGAUCGAUCGCAGUGCCCGUAUUGGUUUUCCAUUAUCAUUCAGCAUACUAAUUCUACUGUAUUGGCUGAUUUAUGUCACCUACCAAGACGAUUUUCCAAUGGUAAAAGAACAGGGACGAGUUCAAUAAAUUUAUGAUUUUAAUCCAUGUGGGUUUCAAAUGAAUUUAAAAAAAUAUGAUAAACAAUCGAUCUUAUUUAGUUAUAGAGAAAAUAUAUAGUAUGAAAUAAUGGUUUUAAAUCAUACACUGAACUCUUAUCUCUUGAAACACGAUGCCAGAUUAUAUUUAUUGUUAUAAAGCUCAUAUGUAAUUGCAAAAUGGCUUAAAUGUAUUCGAAUUAUAUGCACGUUCAAAUAAAAAAUUAAAAUGAAAAAAUGAAAAUUUUCAGCUUUACCCCACUUAUCACAGAACAAAUUAGAAAGGAUAUCUAACCGUGUGUAAAAAAAUGACUAACUGACAAAUUGGCCGACUAUUGACUGAAAAAAUAAACAACUUUAGUUAAAUUCAG